AUGGAUCGUAAGCCUUACACUAGCCUGCACCUAUGUUCAUUUAGCUCCAAAGCCUCCUACACAAACCUUUCGUGCCGGCUGCAAAAAGUGUGGCUUCAGUAAGUUAAGCUUACCCUCCGUCCCCUCUACCGUUAAAGCUGGUCAUUUGACCUUCCAGUGUAGAAACUACCUUCGAGCAGACGCUGCCGGUGAUGUCGUCUUGGAUGUUGAAAGUACGAGUUCUGAAUCGGAGGUGGAUGAGGUCCUCAAAGCAGCCAUUGAGGCCAAACAGGCCGAACUGGGUACGUGCGAUUGUAUGCUUCUCUCGACAGAUCUCCUUGUCAUAAUCUAGCAUUUUCCACAAUCAGAUUAUUACCUGCUGAACUGAGCAACGUUUGCUGCUGACUCUGCAUGCUUUUGAAAAUUAAAUCCUGCUAACUAGUACCUGACAUUGUCUCAAUAGUUCCGUCUGCUACCUGCAGCAAAUCACUGCAGACACGACCACAUCACCACACAUUGCACCAUCAACACAAACACCACGCAUACCAACAUCACACAUCACCGGAACCUCCCAUGCAAGUGAGAGGCGUGCAUCUUGGCUCCUCCCCUUAUGUGAGAUCCUGGUGUGCGUGCGUGUGGGGGGGGGACCAGGUCGCGUGUGUGGCACGCGCAGACGCGGCUGAGACCAACAUGGUAUGGUAUGGUGACUUGCAAGCUCACUAAUUAACUCUUCAGCUCCGACCACGCAGUAAGUCCACCUAGGUGUUUGUGUGCUGAGUGGCCGAUUGGUGGACUGAAAGUCAGGCUACAAUGGCUCCUGUUCGGCUACCGAAACAUGCAGCCGGCGGAAACAUAUCGUCAGUCGUUUGACUAACUUAAGAGCAGCACCGGUAUCUCUCACGAACAGUAGGUGGACCAACUCAUGAAAUGUCAACCGAAAUUCCGAAGUGCGUUUUCGUUUCGAAAGGAUUAAUUAAGCAGGGCUGUAAAACUAGUCCGCCUGCAACAAUUCUAUAUUUCAGUUACCUCAGGAUGUCGGCAUUCGAACGAACUCCCUUCCGGCUGCAUGCAGAAAUAGUGCUCUGUAAAAAGUGAAUACCCACGUAGCAUGCAUUUUUCUCAUAGAUUUUCGAUGCCCUUAAAGAUUCAAUGAUAUUUCAUAGAAAUACUUAUUCUUCCGCUCAUUCGGUAGAAAUUUAAGUCUUCUUCCAAUCUUAUACUCCAAGGAAGGGUAUAAUUCGAUUUUCAAAAAAAACUUUUUCCAAUUCCAGAAUAAUUUUGAACCCGAACUGCCGUUACACUUGCAUUCAGGGUUUCCAAUCUACAAGCCGUAUAUUUUCCGCGUACGAAAAACCAUAUAUUUCUCUACGGUAAUAAAGGGGCACCAUAUAACGUUCAUAAACUUUAGAAAUGGAUUUGAUCCAUAUUGCUAACGUUACAAUCCACAUUGGUAAAUGCGGAGACAUGACGAUUUAUGAACAGCCAUUUCACGGUAUUUAGAAGUCCCAUAAUUAGAAACACUUUUAAAACCGGAUUAUGUCCCUCCUUAGAGUAUAAGAUUGGAAAAAAGACAUAAUUGUCUACCGAAUGAGCAAAAGAGUGAAGAUUUUUAUGCAAAUUUUCCAUGAAAUAUAGUCGGACACUUAGAGGCAUCGAAAAUCAAUCAGGAAAAUUCAUAGUACUUAUGCGGUCGUUUUUUACAGAGUGUAGUCUUUGCAUGCAACCGGAAGGAAGUUCAUUCGAAAGCCGGCAUUUUAAGGUAAAGGAAAUAUUAUAAAAUUAUGUUGCAGGCUGACUAGUUUUACAACCCUACUUACUUAAUCUUUUCGAAACGAAAACGCAUUUCGGUUGACAUUUUAUGAGUUAGCCCACCUACUGUAUUCUGCAGGUGGCUCACACCGCUCAACCGUCCGCCAACCUCAGACGUACCGUGCUAACUCUGGUAGGCUUUCGAAUCAUCACCAAGAAGGUCAUAGCCGACGGCGGCGGACCCCUUUCGCUGUUUUUCGUCUGUGAACACGCAAGAGGUCUGCACUAGUUGCAGGCCGGCCAUCCACUUGCUUCCUCUUCAGAAGGAUUUUUCCUCUCUCUCUCUCUCUCUCUCCUUACAGAGGCCGCUGCAGCCAAGGCCGCCAAGAAGGCUUCCAAGAAGAAAAAGAAGAAGCAUCGAAGCCAGUGAGUACUGCUGCCUUUAAUUUUGCCCCAUCCUUUAAAACCAAAUUGCCGUCCAAUCAAUAAGACUUUGAAGUUUUAUGCCAGUCGUAGACCUCAGGUUUGAGACUGGGGUACUCACUUUGCAAUUGGUACAGGCAUUCCUUCCAGCAUUUCCCCUCCUCAACUUGAAUAUUCAUGUACUGUUAGUCCGUCUGUAUGUGAUCUGCUUUCCAGUGCUCAUCACUCAAGGUCUCGCAGCAGAUCAUCCUCGCGAGGCCGGUCCAGACACCACCACCACCAUCGGUCAGAGAAGCAUAGGAAAAAGCACCACAAGUCCCGAAACUCUUAA